AUGGCUUUUGCAGGCGAGCGAUACCAUUCUGAUGCGAUGCCAUCGAGACAGACUCGACCAAGACACAUCGUCAACAUCUUCACAGCAUGGACACGACAGGCUUCGUAUUUUCUGUCCUUGGCGUCGCUUCUCGCUUCCCGUUUUCCCAACCAACUUCCCUCUUCACCCUGGACAAGUGCUGACGGACAUAAGGUGAGAUGCCCCGUGCCAAAGCCCGGCUUUCGGCCAAUGGUGUCCGGGUGCCUCGCUGUGCCAGCGUCAGCACAGUCGAAAUGGGUCGACUGUCCACCAUCAGACGUGUGA